CUGACGUUUCGUGACGUCACAAAUCCAAGAUGGCGUUCUUCUGUCCGGCGAGGAUUCUUGGCCGGAAGCGAAAGAAAGCCAGAGAACGCCACCAACCCGUGAAGCCCGUCCCCGGCCGAAUAACGGGUAGCGACAGCGUGGACACACUCGUGCGGGUCGGGCUGGAGAAGGAACAGGGACUGAAGACCAACUCCCGCAUGGUCGUCCUUCGCAACUUCAACCCCUGCGUGGAAGACGAACUCGACGUAAAACGCGGCGACAUCGUGUAUGUUUUAUACACGGAAAAUGACUGGAUCUACGUCAUAUCACCCAAUGGGAAGGAAGGCUUCAUUCCAUCCGGGUACUGCGCGCCCGAAGGCACGAACCUUGACGAUUUCGCCGACGACGGGUACUCGGCUUCCGACGGGGACUCGUUAUCCUCCGGGAUCCACCCGCCAUCGUCUAUCGCCUCACAGACUUCGGAGACAAGCAUGUUUAAAAAAGAACACCAGGGGAAAUAUUUGGUGUUGUUUGAUUUCUCCGCCAGGGAUGAGAAUGAUUUGAACGUGGAGAGGGGAGAGUGGGUGACGGUUUUGAACAAGGAGGACCCGCUGUGGUUUUGGGUUCUCAGGGGAAAUAAUCAGGAAGGUUUCGUACCAAGCAACUUUUUAAGUCCGGACCUGUCCUCACAGGAGGCGUACACACCAUUCUCAGAAUCUUCAGAUGACCGGUUGUUAGACCACCCGACCCUGCGGGCCCGCCUGCCCAUCACCCGGCCCAGGGGCACCGAGCUCAUCGCCCUGUACGACUACGACGCCAAGGCGGCGGACGAUCUCACUGUGACGCAGGGGGACUACCUGUACGCGGACCUGGACAAUCAGGACCAGGAGGACUGGCUAUGGGCUUACUCCGCCGCGCAGAAAAAGCACGGCUACGUACCGAGGUCGUACGCCAAGCCACCUGCAAUGACGGCUUUGUAGACUUACCCAUUGAACCAGUUUGGCCCGGAAUGCAAUUUUUGUCGACCCUUCAUGGGUGUGGAGCCUUCUUUUUUGUAUCUGACGUGUGCUUUAAGUUAUGUCACUGUAAAUUUAUGUGAUUACUUUAGCUCUAAUCGUGCAAGAUUUGAUCCUAUACUAAAGUGUUUUUUUAGUUGAAUGUUUCUUUGAAGCAAUAAAUUGAAGAUGUAGAAUAACAUGUGAACAACAAUAAUCGGCAUCAAAGCGACCUUAUUAUUUUUGCCUCUUUUUCUCGUUUAAGAAAUAUUUGAUAUAAUACAACAAGAAUGGAAUUCCCCAUUUCAAAUCGAGGGGGCGAAAGGUUAUACCGUUUAUGGAUAUAUCUAACAGUAGGGGGUGUAGAAA